AGAGAGAGAGAGAGAAAGAGAGGAACAAUUUAACUACACAAUGACUUCAUUUAACUCUGCUGCUGCAACACCUUUGACCGUGUCAGAUCUUGUUAAUCCGGCAGUAGAAGAGCGUAAUUCAUUACAAGGUCCUAUAGCUGCUUCAAUAGAUUCAGAUCCUGUUCAAGCAUAUGCAAAACUUGAAGGUGAAGAUUUUUGUUAUUACAUUCGUACACUUCAAGUGUCAUUAGGUAGGAAAGUCUCUAAUCCAGACAAUGUGGACAUUCCUUUGGGAAAUACAAAAUCAGUCUCUCGACAACAUGCAAGAUUGUUUUAUAAUUUUUCAACACAACGUUUUGAAUUAAUGAUAUUUGGAAAAAAUGGCGCCUUUGUUAAUGAACAAUUUGUAGAAAAAGGAGUAACUGUUCCUUUGGAAAAUAGAACUAAAAUACAAAUAGGUGAAAUGGCUUUUGUCUUUUUACUACCAAAACGAGAAUCGGUCAACGUAAAUUCAACCAAUAAUGUGCCACAGCAUAAUAUCGAUGACUUUGGUUAUAUAUCAACACCACAUCAAUUGGAAAAAAACGUAACAUCGACUACUAAUUCAUCGAAUAAAUUGCAUUUGUCUGAAACCUCUACAGCUGCAUAUGAGGAUUAUGACUUGAGAGAUAAUAGUGCGGGAGACGAUGAUCGUAAUGAAAUAUCAGAGAUAGAUACAUAUCAAAACAAAGAUAGUAAACCACCUUAUUCAUAUGCUACAUUGAUUGCUCAAGCUAUUAAUUCAACCAAUGCAAAACGUAUGACUCUUAAUGGAAUUUAUAAUUAUAUAACCACAAAUUACCCCUAUUAUCAAAUGUCACAAAAUGGUUGGCAGAACUCAAUUCGACAUAAUUUAUCAUUAAAUAAAGCAUUUGUAAAAGUACCACGAAGUGAAUCAGAGCCAGGAAAGGGUGCAUUUUGGACAAUCAGCCCUGAUGCAACACCUCUGUUCUUAAAGAGUGUAUAUAAACGGAACAAAAGAACAAUCGUGUCUUCUUCUUCAACAUUAUCGUCUCAUAUUACUACACAUCAGCAUUAUCCAACAAAGCCAGUAAUAGAAAGCGCAAGAAAAAAAGUUAAAAAGGAGCAUGUAGUGAAAGAUUCUAUUUGCCAUAAAUAUGAAAACGAGGAUGAUUUGUCGGUAAUAAACUCUUCAAUAAGAACUGAGAAAGUGUUGGUAAAUAGUAUAGAAAAAGAGACUGAGCUAAAUAAUAACAAAAAGGAAACAGUUGAAAACUUACCUUCACCCGCAGAAAUAAUACAAGGAGUGAGAGUUAGAAAAGGGAGAGUAGAUGAGAUAGCAGUAGAUUCACUGUCAAUAUCUCCUCUUCAUAACAAUGAUAUUGAUGUAUCAUCGGCUAAAUCAAAAGUUACCAUUGAAGAUAUGAUAAUCACUGAUGAAAAAAAAUCAAAUACGUCAAACAAAAAUCAAGAUCAAACUACGAUUUCCAAAAUUAAUCAUAGCGGCUCCUCAGCAAAGACAACAAUGAAUAAUUCUAUUACUUCAGAUAUACCUCAACUAACAAAUGAAUUGACAACUACAAGAAAUAUGAAUCAACCUAAUAAUGCAGAAGUGCAGGCACAACUACAAUUACAAUUACAAAACACCAUACGACAACACCUCUUAGAUCCCAUUCGUUAUCCUUUACCUCCUUCUAUCGCUCAGUUAUUACCACAGGCAAUUGCGCAAUUACCAUCCGAACUUGCUACACAGCUUAGUUCCACAUUACAUUCCACAUUAAAAAAGCAAGAAGAUAAUAGAAAUACAGCAUCAGAUGCAAAGUCUACAGAAGUCGAGACACCUAAAACAGAAUUAACAGAAACACAAACAGGAUCUUCGUCUGAAAAUACUAAUCAAAAUAAAAGCAUAAAUGCAUCUAAUAUCCAAAGUAUGGAGAAACAAUAAAAAAAAAGAGAUAAUGAUAUGGAUUUUUUUUUUUUUUUUGUUAAUUAGUUGAUUUAGCUGCAAAUCUGUAUUUUAUAUAGUUAUAUUUUGUAUACAUAUUACCAUUAUAAUUUUUUUUUUCUUCUCUUAUCUAAAAUACUUAUUUCAU